GUAAAAAAGACCUUUCGACUUAACAAAAACUGAAGUUGACAAACGUAUCCUGUCGUUGAAACUUUGUGGGGAGUUCGCUAUAUUUUUUAAGAUGAUCAUGCACUGCGCAGAGAAUUGCGUGGACACUGCGCGUUCAGCAAACAGGCUGUCUGGAUUGUGCCUGCGUUUUGUUAUGAUUUCCAUGUGAAAUGCAAUUACUGCUAUCUCACUCGGUAGUCGGCUGGCUCUCUCUCUGAACUUGUUCCACACCUCUGGAGCAAGCCAUGGAUCACUAUGAAGAAGAUUUGGGACUCCGAGCGAGUCAAUUAAUGGAGGAUCUUUCCUUAUAUGAAGCUUACAAAGAUGGGAUGUACAGUUCAAGGAGGGACAUGGUUAUCAACCCUGAUUUGGAUUUUUCGGCUCCAACGAUACCGGAGCAGAAAAGUAAGACAAUGAAUGGCAACUCAGCGCCUCAUCAACAGCUACACACGGUUGAGAAUUACAUGUCUGGGAAUAAAGUGUACACUGCAGCUCCCGUGCGACCCGUGAAUGGUAAUAGAGCAGUUCCUGUGGAUUAUUGCACUCCGCAAAGAGACAUAGUUUAUCCUAAUGAAGAUAGCUAUUGCACCAAAUCCGAAGUUGCUUUGCCUUGUUAUAGCGGCGCUUCCGAGCGGCACAGGAGGUACUCCUUGGAGGUUCAGGGGUACAGGUACAGCACUGGUAGCGCGUACGAUGGAGUGGUUUUGAACAAGCCAAUACCCUCACCUGGUAACAGAUGCAACAGUAUAUGUGUUACUACCAACCACGACGGUAGAUACAAUGCAACCAGUCCGCGGUCCAGUUCAGCAUUCUCGCUCUCCUCCCAGGAGCAGAGCAAACACGCAAGCCCGAGGUCGAGCAUCAGUAGCCCGCGUACUAGUCUAGUGGUACCUGGCCAAGACAAGUACACAAGUCCCAGGUCUAGUCUGGUUCACUGUGAAGGGAGCAGUGUCCUUAGCCCUCGGUCCAGCUAUGCAAGCACAACCAGCGACACCAGCAAACAUUCCAGCCCACGGGCCAGUCUGAACAGCUAUGACUGUUGUAGUAAGCCAAGCAGUAACCGUACCAGCGGCAUCAGUAUGGGAUAUGAUCAAAGGCAUAUCAGCCCCAGGUCCAGCACAGCGAGCCAGAAUUCUUGUACCACCAGCCCACGCUCUAGCUACUCGGAUUCGCGUUACAUGCCGAUGGGAACCCAUGAUCUGGACGGGGCAGUUUUGCAUGGCAUGCCGGUGGCAAGUCCCCGGUCAAGCAUCUGCAGCCAGGACGGGUGCGCAAGAGCCGGGACGACGGCUAACUGCGUUGUUAGUCCCCGGUCCAGCAUCUCCAGCCACAGCUCCAGAAGUUCCCGAAGCUCCAGGGGAUCGAUGAGCACUUACCCGGAUCUUCAACUGCCUUCACCCAGGUCCUCAAUGCUGGGGACUGGUUUACAAGAGGACAUACUAAAUCAAGACUUUGGAGAUACCAAUGGUGUCCAAAACCGUAUUCAUCUCCAGGCGCUCUCGGGAAUGCCAGAGCCCCAGCCACAGCAUGCGCAACUACAGUCAUCCCAGCCAGGUGUAAAUGCAGAGAUGACUGCUGGAUCACCACCAUCUGUAUGUUAUGGGCUCCCCACGAAAACGUCAGCUUCUGGACAGAGGUUUAAGCUUCCUUACCAGGUGACCCCAUGCCGGGAAAGUGGCCCAAGCCAAGCUGAAAAGAGACUGGAGGCACUAACCUUGGAGCUUGAGAAGGAGUUAGAGAUGCACAUGAAAAAAGAAUACUUUGGUAUCUGCAUCAAGUGUGGGAAGGGUGUGUAUGGAGCCAGCCAAGCCUGUCAGGCCAUGGGGAACCUGUACCACACCAACUGUUUCACCUGCUGCUCCUGUGGGAGGAGACUAAGAGGAAAAGCUUUCUACAAUGUCAACGGGAAGGUUUACUGCGAAGAAGAUUUCCUUUACUCUGGCUUUCAGCAGACGGCAGAGAAGUGCUUUGUGUGUGGUCACCUCAUCAUGGAAAUGAUUCUGCAGGCCCUGGGCAAGUCUUACCACCCUGGUUGCUUCCGCUGUGUUGUCUGUAAAGAGGGUCUAGAUGGAGUGCCUUUCACUGUGGAUGUGGAUAACAACAUCUACUGUGUCAAGGACUAUCACACGGUCUUUGCCCCAAAAUGUGCCUCGUGUAACCAGCCUAUCCUCCCUGCCCAGGGUUCUGAGGAAACCAUCCGGGUGGUGUCCAUGGACAAGGACUACCAUGUGGAGUGUUAUCACUGCGAGGACUGUGGUCUCCAGCUGAAUGAUGAGGAGGGUCACCGCUGUUACCCCCUAGAGGGCCACUUGCUCUGUCAUGGCUGCCACAUCCGCAGGCUCCAGGUCCCAGUGGCCACCCACCCACCUCCCAGCUACCCUCUACACGUCACCGAGCUGUGAGAGGGAGGGCAGGCGAAGAACCAGCCCCGACCAAACCCAACCCACCAAUGACCUGCCACCCAGGUGACCUGAGACAACACAGCAGAAGAGCGAAGGAAUCCCCACCCAUGGAAUCCAGAAUCUAUGUUUGCACAACAGAACAGGGAGACCUUGGGAGACCUCUGCUGGCUUGCCCUGCCCUGGGGAGAUGAGAUUGAAACAAGGCGGUGGACUUCAUACAUGACAGCUCCCAACCACAAGCCCAUUAUAAGUCCCAGGACUGUUCUGGGAAAAAGUCCACAUCCCUUCCAUCAUUUUUUUUCUCCCUUUUUCUUCCCUUUGGUCUGUGAACAGUAAAGCGGGCCAAGGCCCCAGCCCACCCAGAGGCCCUGGCUGACGUCAGCCCCGUGACCCCUGCACAUUCAUCACAGAGUGGGGCCUGGAUUGGCCGGGACUGGCUAUCCUUCUCUCCGUCUUUCUGUCAUUUCUUUAUGCAGAAAGCCGUGGGCCAUGAUGGAUUUACUGCUCCCCUGUCAGAGAGGGAGAGCUGCACAUCAUGUAUUCCAGAAGGCUGGUCGUAACAUUCCAGAAUGUCUGCUGGUGUGCGAGGACGAGACAUGCUGUGCCUUCAGAGUGACCUGCCACAGAGGAACCUCUCCACACGCUGCCAUUGAAAGGGCCACGGUCCAGCUACCUACGGCUCCUUUCGGCUGUGUUGACAGCGACCGAGUGCCCUAUGUGACACAUACACACACUUCCCUGUACCAUUCCUUUGCUUCAGUGCUUCUUGGUACAGUGGCACCACCUACGACGUCAGUAGCCACAGCACUAGCCUGGGCUAACACUCAUUCCACUUAGUUCUAGAACCUUGGGAGAGAUUCUCAAGCAGUGUCUUCAUUAUUAUAUAACAAGAAGAAAAGUUAGAAGCACAUAGGUUGUCUUUUAUACAUUGUAUGAGUAUAUAUUUUGCAGACAUUUUCCACAUAAGAUUCUAGAAGUGUAGUCUCUUUUUUUUUUUGUUGUUGCUGCAUUAUCGUUAUCAAAUGGAAUCGGAGGCUAGUCAAGCUGUGACCGUCUUAAUGAUCCUCUGAGGGGUAUUGGUCCGCUGUUUCAUUUCUCCUCAAGGACACAGUUCUUACAGGCCUCUAUGUUGUCUGUAUGCUGGGUCAUACGAUCCACAUACCUAUUGGUGACACUUGGUCUUAAUUAACAUGUACAGUUUCACACACUGGGUAUUUGUCACAUUUGUUAGCACUGAGUGAAUGAGUGUGUGACCCUCGAGCGCCACAUGACCUCAUUAUGCCAGGUUAGUGUGUCAUGCUGGUCAAUCAGAUUGUCUGGUUGGUUAUGGGAGGAGAUCCCUGAUAACCCGGAGUUGCUGGUUCUACCCGUGUCUUAAGGGAAUCCAACCCCCCUAUUAUUCCUCAUUGGCUGUGCAGCUGUGUGUUAUAAAUGUACACACACACUCACACACACAGUAUAUACUUAUAUGUAGAAAUGUGUGUGUGUAGAGGUGUGUGUGAGAAUGCUUGUGCUCCAGUAGCCGGGCCAUGUUGCAUUCACCUUGUUGAGUGAGCAGGACAACAACCAUCCAUCUCCACAAAACAACUCUUACUUUCUCUCUCUCCAACAGAAAGGAAGGGCUCUGGCUUUUCCAGUACCUACUCAUGGUAGCCCAGUCAGAGAGAUUACCUCUCAUACUACUGAAUCUUACAGAGAAGGGUGCUGAUAUUAGAGAUUACAGAGAGAAGGGGCCAACACAGGGAUCAUGUGCUUUCUGUUGUAAUCGUUGAUGAGAUUCUUUUGAAUGCACAGAAAUUAUUAGUGUAUGUUUGUCAAAUUAAAUUUCUCUGCUCCCAGUUGUGCAUUUGCAAAAGCAAAAAUGACUAUGUAUGCCUAGAGUACAUAUAUUUGCUGGGAAAAUCCCUUUGAUGGUAGAUCAAUUUAAUCUCAGCAUAGCAUGAAGAGACUCCUAGUCAAGGAAUGUGUAAUCUACUUGAGGAAUGAGGCAAUGGCAUUAUCUGAACUGUAGUUUGAAUAGCACAGUAAGACCUCCUCAUUCAUAUCAAUCUCAAAUUAUUUUUUAUUAACUCCUUAACAGGGAGUUGAUCCCUAUUAAGGAUGUCUUAAUCUCUUUUAAAAAAAACAAAUGUAAUUUCUAUUGAAUAGCCCUGUUACUUUCCCCAUGUCUGUACAUAAAGAGGCUAGCUUUUUUCAUCCUCUUUCAGAAAUCUCCCUGAAAGUGAUGCAUUUUCUCUCCUACCAGUAGUUUUCAAUAAGCACAUAUGACACCUGUCGCAUCACUUUUGUAUCGCUAAGUGUUUAAUUAUCUAGAUGGUUCAUAAAAAAGGAAACUAGAUUAUUUAUCUAAACAUGAAAAAGUCUAAAGUUAUUUAAUGUAUUAAAAAUCGGGACGUAUCAUUUAACUGUAGAUGAUAUAAUCUGCUUUUUCAAUAAAGUGGUUUUGUAGCUAACUUAAACC